CACUUGUCCUGAUGUUAGAAGGUCAAGACAUGUCGCAUGAACAUGUCGCACACACAGUUAGAUGACCAAAGUAUUUGUCUCAUGUUGUGAACACACCCGUCUGUUCAUUCAUAUUCUGAGGCGUGGGAAAAGGCACCCGGAAGUAUAUCUUUAACACAAGCAUAAUGUCGUAAACUGCCGGACAGACGCAAGUCAAAACGUUUGAUUCAAAUGUUGGAUGCUAACGCUCAACAAAAAUGCAGAUUCAAAUGCCAGAUAAAAACAUCCAAUCUACGCCAGAUUUCAACCAAUGUGGUAUUGUCAAAUAAAGAAGUUACAUCCACCUCUGAGGACUGGCUGACCCGUAUGACCCGGAUGACCCACCCAAGCAAAUGAUUGACCCUAGACAUACACGAACAUGCACUACCCUGGGGUGUCUUGUUGGAUGCUUGCUGCUACCUUGAUACUACAGGUGACAAGAUCAGCCUCGGAAGAAAUGGAAGUGAAGGGAUUCGUGAGUUCUGAUAGAAUGGAUGUACUGGUGGUGUUUGAGCAAGUUCAAGGGUACAACCUGAGUUGUCGAGACUAUACAAUGACUGUAGCAGACGACUGGGGCGAUCAGGAUCCAGACGAUGAAGGGCCAGAUUUCUCGUGCGAUCCUUGUGGUGUGACGUCGUUCGAUGGAUCAGACGUGUGUGCAUGUGUGUGCAGAAAUCAGAAGGUCGAUGAGAACAUGAUUGACGAGAACAGUAACAUCAUAAUAAAUAUCACGAGCUCCAGACCCCCUUAUACCAGCCUGAUUCGCAUUUACAGAGUGAUAGAUUACAUCCGACCGGGUAAAGUUGUCAAGUUAGACGUUGUUGACUUGACUCCCAACCAGGCUGUUCUUGUGUUUGGACUGAAUGAGUUCUCAAAAAGUCUGGUACCCGAACUCAGCUACUUGGGUUUACAGUUACGGUACCGGAUACGUCUGACACGGCUCCAAGACUUUGUGGAAACUCUGGAGUUGACAAUAAAUAAAUCAUAUAAUACUACGGAGUUCCCUAACUACAGUGCCAUUAAGUUCAACGGUCUAGCACCAUACACUAGGUACCAAGUGUCGGUUCGAGGUGUGGGCGGCGGCGGGGAGGGCGAGAGCUCGAGUAUCCUCUUUCAUACACAUAAAUCAGUUCCAGUCCAUCCGCCUGUCUACAAUGACAUCACCUACUCCAGUACUCUGGAAAACGACGCAGCAGAACUUGAAACAGUAUACGUUCUUUGGGAGGAAAUUCCGCGAUCAGCUGCAGGCGGAAGUGACGUGUCUUACAAGCUGGAGGUUAAGGCCAACGGAAGUACAGAAUAUUAUAACAACCACACCCACAACGCCAUCUACUUGAAGAAAGCGAGAGACGACGAGCUGACGAUCAAGAUCUGGUCGGUGAAUGAAGUUGGUCAAUCAGAAAACUACACCGAGGUUCGGAUCCCUGCUGAAAGGGAGCCCUCACCACCACGGAUGGUAGCGGAGUUUUAUCCUGACGAUGAGGUCAAGGUCAGGGUGCAGACAGAAAGUGUGAGCAGUGCUACAGCCCUGGCACUCCUAUGGUGUGAGUGGGACAGUCAGGUGGGCGGAUGCAAGGACUACCCCCACACACACAUACUGCAGCAGAACGCCACCACGUCAGCCGACCCUGAUGUUCUAGAACUGCUCGUCCCCCUCUCCACCACCCCCCGGGUCAACACCAGCUCCCUCCCCGUGCUGCACUACGAUCUGAACGACACAACGCAGACACUGGCUCACCCACUCACAGCCACAGGAACGGUGACGGUCAACACGGGGUCAAGGCCAGGCACCGAAGAGCCUGAUGACUGUUUGUCUGAGGUCAGAAGCGCGUGCAGGAGGGAGUGGACAGACGGCUGCUGGUGUGGGGUGCUCCAUCUUCUGGACGAGGGGGCAAGCCGGGACCAUGAGAUGACCCCGACCUCAGUAUACGAGCAGACGACCGAACCUGUACAGACGGGAGGUGCAUCAACCAAACUUAACCUAUCCAUCAUGGUGGAUGGUAGAUGGAUGGGGAUGGUACCAGCAGAAUGUUACUUCAAUAGUAGUUCAAACAGGGCUGAGGUAGUGGUGAGCCACUACACGGGAGGGGGCGGGCAGCUGUACCUGAGGGUCAGUCAAGCGUGUGACAGCAGCUCGGCCAGACAGUUUUUGGCUGACAGCUUUCACGUGUCAGCCUCGGUGGACGGGGGCUGUCAGUCACUGACGCCCAUCAAAAGUAUACAAAACAGGAUCUUCGGCCCCACGACUCUAGAGCUUCCACCCGGCACCUCUGUCGUCUGCGUCACUGCCACUAGCUCUCAAGGACUGACUACGUCACAACCCUUCAGGUAUACGAUAGCGUUGGUCUCUACUGGCUCAAGUUCACAAGAGAUAGUCAUAUACGCUGUCGUCUCGUUGGUAGCUGCCGUUGUGGUCAUUUUGUUGAUAUGUUUGCUGUUCAAGUGUAGACAACAGAAGAGGCACAUCAACAACUUCCUGACUGAGGACACCCCAAUCCCAGACAUGGUACGGCAAUACGAGGCAAGUGAUCUACUCAACGACCACACCCUACCUGACGGUAGCUAUACAAAUAAUUAUAACGCCAGUUUGUAUCCCAACGUAGACGCAACAUCCAGCUCAACGGAUGAAACUACACCUCAACCACCAUCUUCCUCAGACACAUCUCCGGAUCUUAAGGAACCCACACUGAGGUCUGUCGUCUGCUCCGGUUCACAGACCACGGGUGACGUCACGGCAGAGUUUUGUCAUGGUUCCCAGACUACAAGUGACGCCUCAGAUAAAGACACGUUCAGAUACGAGGCAUCAGGUCCUUCCACAGCCACACAGAGCAGCGACUUCCCGUUCAAUGGUUCACAGGGUGGAGACUACGACUGUAGAGAUUUGAGUUUCACAGAUCUACCGCAGUCCGAGUGAUGACAUUUGAGCCUCACUUUGACAUUAUGGAUGGCAUUUGAGCCUCACUGACACAAGAGACAACAUUUUCGCUUCAUUUUGACAUUAGAGAUGACAGUUGAGCCUCUUGAUUACUAAAAGAAAUGACAUUCGUGUUUCCAGAACCAGCGCAGUCCAGCACAAUAGAUGUCAAUUCUAAAAUAUUAAUUUCCCUUCAUGCUCAGCCUGUUCUCUGUGUAGUUAUAUAUGA